AUGAACUUCCAAUAUCUCUUCUUCUUCCCAUUUCUUCUUUCCUUCUCAUCACCUUCACGGUGGCGCAAAGCUCGCCGGGAUCCUCAUUCUCCGCCGUCGAGCUCAACGGGACGUGGGAAUCACUCAAGUCGGACCCAACUCUUUUCUCGUCGGUGUCAACUACAACGUCGGAGUCCCUGGAUAGCUGACGGCGCCUCCGCUGUCGUCGACUCCGGCGGGGCCUUCCGCUUCACUCCCGCCGGGAGUCACCUGCUAGUCAACGAUCCGACUCCACCAUAUGGGAUUCCAACAUGGCUCGGCUCGGUUCAAGCUCGGCCUUCAUCGACGAUUUCGGCAAUUUGGUGCUCCUUAAUGGGUCUCGACCCGUCUGGUCAAGUUUCGCCAGCCUGA